AUGAUCCAACCAGGGACCUUUGGCAAAAAACAUGCGGUGCUCGGCCGGAAGGACGUAAAGAAAUGGGAGGCAUCCCUAGGGGGGACGGACGCCCUGGAGAGAUGCGGGAUGCACCCUGGGGAGGCGCUGAAGCUGACGCGGGCAGCCAUUUAUGAUGACAUUAAAACCAUACGUAAGAAGAUCAACGAAAUCCUUGACAAGAUUGAGAAGACAACUUUACAGGACUUGGACGGAAUGAUAGCUGAACUUGAAAAAACCCUAAAGAAAGAUAUUGAAACUUGUAAUAAAUUGACUAUCGAACUGCAAAACAUGAUUGCCGCUUUUCAAACCAAAGCAAAAUCAAGUGAGUCAAAAUCAUAUAUUGCGUACAGAAAGAGCCAGGAUAAGAUUUCACAAUCAAACGAUCAACUUCGUGGCAUAGCAGCCUUUGGGUGUUACAAUGUAACAUUUCAAGCCAAUAAUUUUAUCGAAGAACUUUUAUUUCCAAUUAAGACGUUUGGAGCGAUUGAAGAACAAUCUGUUAUGACCAAACAGCCGGAAAAUCACCUUUCCGAUCCAAACCACAUCUUCAGUGUUGCAGAGUACAAGGAGUACAACGUGGAGAUGAGUGAUGACGAAGGUGAAUGUGCUAUCCGUGGCGUAUGUGAAUUGCCUAGUGGAGAGUUUGUCAUAGCAGACUGGAAUAAUUGUAAAGUGAAGCUCCUGGACAAGGAGUACAGGAUGCUUGACCACUGUAAUUUCCUGGUGUCUCCAUGGGACGUGUGUCACAUUGACGGAAAUGAUGUUGCUGUUUGUGUUGGCAAUGAACUUUAUUUCAUUAAUGCUACGAAAGGGAAAUUCAAAACUACGAGGAAGUUAAGUUUCAGCCAUAGAUGUUUUGCCGCAGCUCAUCAUUGUGGCCAGCUCUACAUCUCCUCCAAAAACGCACUGUACGUCUACACGAUGUCGGGAAAGAAGGUGAAGAAGCUGUACGAGGACUUUAGUGGGAUUAUCACGGUUGAGAAAUGUGCCAUCAGUAACGACGGGGAAACAAUCUAUAUCACAAACUCCAGUAAACAUAAACUGAUCACCCUGGACAACAAGGGCAACAUGCUUUCCUCUCUCACUGACCCUGACAUGAAAAGCCCUACCGGAGUACACGUGACACCUGCUGGACACGUGUUCGUCUGCUGCUGUGACUCCGAUACAGUGCUUCAGGUUGACAAAGACGGGAAGAAGAAGUUGGCCACACUGGCAAGGGAAGAAGACGGAGUGAAAGGACCGCAUGGUUUAUUUUUCAGCAGCAGCACUUCUUCUCUGAUUGUUGGUGGAGUGAAAGACACACUUCUUGUUAUCAAGUUAAAUUAA